GUGCGGGUCGGGGCGGAGCGAGGGGCGCGGGUGGCCGCGGUGGGAUCUCCGCGGCUGAGGAGCCGACGGCUCUGAUGCGGACUGGACCCGCUGAGGAGCGGUCCCGGCCGGGGGCGCACAGCGAGCUUCACCGAGAGGCCACUCGGUCCUCGGCCGCAGUCGCUCGUCUCAGACUGACGGCCGGGCGCGCCAUGGCGUCCUCGGCUCGCCUGGUCACCAUCAAGCGGAGCGGCGGCGACGGCGCACACUUCCCGCUGACCCUCAGCUCCUGCCUGUUCGGAAGGAGUAUUGAAUGUGACAUUCGUAUCCAACUGCCUGUAGUGUCAAAAAAGCACUGUAAAAUUGAAAUCAAUGACCGGCAGGCAAUUUUGCAUAAUUUCAGUUCCACAAAUCCAACACAAGUAAAUGGGGCUACUGUAGAUGAGCCUGUGCAGCUGAAGCAUGGAGAUAUAAUUACAGUCAUUGACCGAUCUUUUAGGUAUGAAAAUGGAAAUCAUGAGGAUGGAAGCAGAUCAACGGGAUUUCCAGGAAAAUCAUUUGGACAGGAACCGGUGCAGCAAGCCUCAAGAGCUAGCUUCUCUGAUCCUGAUGCCAGCACUUCAAAAACCACUUCAAGACGAUCUUUGGUGCAUGCCAAGAGGCUCUCUGGAGACAGUUCUGCCUCAGGUGGUUCAAAGGACAGUAUUACCCAAGAUCCAUCCAAUACCUGUUCUUCAGGGCAUGUAGAACAGCACAGUGGCAGAAACACAGAAGAGCCCACUUCUGAUGUUCUUUUUAAGAAGUCCAGGGCUACAGGGAGCAGUUCCAGGGAACUGAAGUCUUCUCCUGCACAGAGCCUUAGCAACAGCAAGAAACAUGAAUCUCCCUUUGAGAAACUCUAUCAGUCAAUGAAGGAAGAGUUGAAUAUAAAAUCACAGAAACAGUCUCGUAGGAAGUCAGAACCACAACCUGAAUGUGCAGCAGGAAAAGAAACAUGGGAGACAAAGCUAUUGGUGUCAUGCAAGUCAAGAGCAAAAUCCAGUGGAAGCAUCCCUGGUCCUGCAGUCUCUUCACCCAAAGUAGGAAAGAUCUGGACUGAGGACCAGAGUAGUGCUGUGGGGCUUCUUCAGACUUCCACAGAGGCUCUGAGUUCCAGCUUCUCGCUCGCUGAGACAGCUGAAAGGAAGACCCCUGUGCGGGAUUCACAGCAACUUAAGAAUGAAGAGUCCCACGUUAGUGGCAGAAGAGAAUCUGUGAAUCUGAAUGAAAGUGAAGGUGCCAAGGCAGAUUAUAAGAUAGUCACUCCUAGGAAGCUGGCAACUAGAAACCAAACUCCAGUGAAAGUUGAAGGUGUACCAGAAAACAUCUCUUGCAAAAAGAGGAAGAGUCUUCCUGCAAAGAUAGAAGUGCUGUCUACAGAAACACAAAGCCAGUUCUCUUCAACUCAUCACCUUGCUUCAGACGAAAAGAAAACUCCAAAGGAUUCCUUCAGCAAGCCUGAGAAAUUGGCCACAGCAGCUAGGCAAAUUUACUCUGGGCUACCUGGUCUUAGUUCCGUUGAUAUCAGCAAUUUUGGUGACUCCAUUAACAAGAGUGAGGGAAUGUCUUUGAAAAGAAGACGUGUAUCCUUUGGUGGUCAUCUGAGACCCGAGUUAUUUGAUGAAAACUUGCCUCCUAAUACACCACUCAAAAGAGGAGAAACGCCGACCAAGAGGAAGUCACUUGCCCCUCACACUCCAUCAGUCCUGAAGAAAAUUAUCAAGGUACGACCUCAGUCACCAGGGAAACAAGAGUCUCCUGGAAUAACUCUACCAAGCCCAAAUGAUCAAAGACGCAGAUCAGGCAGGAGUGCACCCGCUUCCAGUGGCAGCGAAUCCUUACCUCAGACAGACACUCCCAAGAAAGCAAGCAGGAAGAGUGGCAACCUGCCUGCCAAGAGAGCAUCUAUCAGCCGAAGUCAGCAUGACAUUUUACAGAUGAUUUCCUCCAAAAGAAGGAGUGGUGCUUCUGAAGCCAACUUGAUUGUUGCAAAAUCAUGGGCAGAUGUUGUAAAACUUGGCACGAAACAAACACAGACAAAAGUUGUAAAACAUGUUCCUCAAAAGCAGGCGAGCAAAAGACAAAGAAGACCUAAUACUCCCAAGAAACCUACAAGCAGCCUUCACAAUCAGUUUAGCACAGGCCAUGCAAACUCUCCCUGUACCAUUGUAAUAGGAAGAGCUCAGAUUGAAAAAGUAAGCAUGCCUGCUCGGCCCUACAAAAUGCUGAACAAUUUGAUGUUAAACCAAAAAAUUGACUUCAGUGAAGAUCUGUCAGGACUAACUGAAAUGUUCAAGACUCCAGUGAAGGAGAAGCAGCAGCAGAUGAAUGACAUGGGCUCCAUUCUCUCCAAUUCAGAGAAUUUACCUGAAAAACAGUUUCAAGUAACUAAUUCAGGAGACAAACCUCUGCCUUUCACCUCAGAAAUUUUGGGAGAAAAUGCGCUCUCCAGUACUCAGAAUGCAGCAAAGGAACCGUCUGAUAAAUAUUCUGCAAGUCCUACUUUAAGACGGAGAAGCAUCAAAAAUGGAAACACUGUGCAAACUCCUGAGAAUGUCCAAAACAUUACUCACCUUGAAAAGAAGACUCCCGGCUCUGUGACAGAGCCUCUGAAGACAGUGUCCAGUGAAAGGAAGUUACGAAGGUCUAGAGAACUCAGACAUACACUUGCAGAAAGUAUGAAUGAAAGCACAGAGGCAGACCUUGACCAGGGCAUCAUGGUAAGAUACUUAAGGAAGACAUCACUGCAAGGACAAGAAGUGGAUCAACAGGUACAGGACAGUGAAAAGUGUUCACAAAGAUUCAAGGAAAGUGUUGAAUUUAAAGAAGAUCCAGAAAAAACAUCAGCUAUGAGAUCAAGUGCCAGGAAGCAGAAGCCAGCGAAAGACUUAAUAGGAAGUCAGAUGGUCACUCAAACAGCAGCCUGUGCUGAGGAACUAUUUAAUCAAGAAAAGGGAACCACAGAAAAACCAGAGGAAUCCAUGCACAAACAAAGUACACCAAUAAGUGAUGGUCAAAGAGCUACAAAACAGAAAGCGGACAAAGUCCUUUGCAAAACCCCACAACCUACAACAGAUGACACCAAAACAAGCACAAAACCAUGGCACAGCACAUCUGGGAGGAAAGUCGACAUGAAAGAAGAACACUCUGAACAAAAGAAGUUUGUGCACAUGUCAGGAGGAACCAGGCAUACUCCCAAAGUUCCAGAACUUGCACACGGUGGAAUUAAAGCUGUGAAGGAAUCUGAAAAUCGAAUGCUUGACCUAACUGUAACUGGUAGCAAGAAGCCGGCAGGAAAAGCUAAAGAGAAGGCUCAGCCCAUGCAAGACCUGACUGGUUUCCAUGAACUCUUUCUAUCACCGGUCCCUGGUGACAAAAUCACAAAAAUGUCCAAUAAAUCACCAUAUCCAGAAUUUCCAGAACUGGCCAGAACCCCAGCAAGCAUUAAGAGACUGUCUAAGACAGGUCUUGGUAAGGGAGAUGUGAGAGAAGAGCUUUCAACACUUGGGAAACGAACAAAGUCUCCAGGCAGAACCUCACACACACCCAUAGCAUCAGAGCUAGAAGAGAAUGAUACCACAUCCUUUGUGGAAACUCCAAAGCAGAAACUGGAUUUCACAGAGAAUUCAGCAGGAUCUAAGAGAAGGUCACGGACACCUAAGAUGAGGGCUCAACCCCUAGAAGACCUGGAUGGCUUCCAAGAACUCUUCCAAACUCCAGCUGGUACCAGUGACCCAGUAACUGUUGAGGAAACUACAAUGGUGUCUUUGGAAUCUCCACAACCAGAAUCAGUCAGAACCCCAGCAAGCACAAAGAGACUGUCCAAGGCAGGUCUUGGUAAUGCGGAUUUGAGAGAAGAGCUUUCAACACUUGGGAAACGAACAAAGUCGCCAGGCAGAGCCUCACGCACACCCACAUCAGCAGGGCAGCAGGAAAAAGGAAUAAAAGAAAUUAUGGAAACUUCAAGUAAGAAACUGGUGUCUUUAGGAAAUUUAACAGGGUCUAAGAAACAGUCUAGAACAUCCAAGAAAGAGGGCCAGUCUCUAGAAGACCUUCCUGAUUGCCAGGAGCUCUUCCAAACACCAGACCCAUUGGUUGUUGGCAAAACCAAAAGAAUGGCCUUUAAUUCUCCACAACCAGAUCCUGUCAUAACCCUAAGAAGCAUAAAGAGACAGUCCAGGGCAAGUAUGGGUAAAAUGGAAGUGAAAGAAGAAUUUUCAGAAUCAGAGAAAUGCCAACAAAUAGAAAAGGCCGUAGACACACUCCAAGUAUCAAAUGAUAGCAAUGUCAUUAGAGCACCAAAGCAAUCUGCAAAGCGGAAACUGGAUUCAGCAGCUAGUUUGCCUAGCAGCAAGAGGCUACGACGUGCAUCUAAGGAGAAGACACCAUGCCUGGAAGACCUGAGUGGUUUCCAACAGCUUUUCCAAACACCAGGCCAUUCUAAGGAUUCACUGGCUAUUGGUGAAACUUUAAAAAUGCCCACCAAAUCUCCACAGUCAGGACCACUUAGAAACCACACCAGCAGAAAGAGUCUGCCCAAGAUCAGUCUCGGGAAAACAGAUGUGACAGAAGAACUUUCAGCUCUCCAGAAGCAGUCACCAGGCAAAGCCCCCACAGCAUCAGUACAAAUGGGUGAAGGAAUACAAGCAAUUAGGAAGACUUCAAAGGAGAAACUAGAGACUGCAGUAAGUGUAAUUGAGUUUACAAGGCAGAGAAGAGCACCUAAGGUAAAAGCUCUACCUCUGGAAGACCUUGAUGGCAUCCAAGAACUCUUCCAAACACCAGGCCACAGCACUGAUCCAGAAAUUGGUAACAAAAGAACAAGUAUGUCGUUGAGAUCUCCACAACCAGGGAUUGUUAGAACCUUACAAACAUCAAAGAGACUAGCCAAGACAAGUCUUGGAAAAGAGCAUAUGAGAGAAGAGAUCUCCUCAGUGAAUAUGCUUGGGUUUGCUGUAGGGGAGAUUGUACACACAUCCAGACUUCAAGAAGAUGAUGGGAGAGAGAACAAGGAUCUGGAGGAAUCCAGAAUUCUCACACUAGGCCCAUCAGUAAAUGUAACUGGCAGCAAGAAGCAGCGAGGGACACAUAAGAAAAGGUCUCAGUCCCCAGAAGACAUAUUUGAUCUUCAGGAACUCUUCCGAACACCAGCUAGUCAUAAAGACUCAGUGACUCUUCAUGAAACUACAAAAAUGUCUUUGGAAUCUUCAGAACAUUUCAGAACCCCAACAAGCACAAAGAGACUGUCCAAGGCAGGUCUUGAUAAGGCGGAUGAGAGAGAAGAGCUUUCAGCACUUGGGAAACGAACAAAGUCACUAGGCAGAGCCUCGCACAUAGCCAUAGCACCAGUGCUCGAAGAGAAUGAUACCACAGCCUUUGUGGAAACUCCAAAGCAGAAACUGGAUUUCACAGCGAAUUCAGCAGGAUCUAAGAGAAGGUCGCGGACACCUAAGAUGAGGGCUCAACCCCUAGAAGACCUGGAUGGCUUCCAAGAACUCUUCCAAACUCCAGCUGGUGACAGUAACCUAGUGACUAUUGACAAAAUUACAAAGGUGUCUUUGGAAUCUUCACAACCAGAACCAGUCAAAACCCCAGCAAGCACAAAGAGACUGUCCAAGGCAGGUCUUGAUAAGGCAGAUGAGAGAAAAAAGCUUUCAACAGUUGAAAAACGAACAAAGUCGCCAGGCAGAACCGCACACAUACUCACAGCACCAGAGCUAGAAGAGAAUGAUACCAGAGCCCUUGUGGAAACUCCAAAGCAGAAACUGGAUUUCACAGAGAAUUCAGCAGGAUCUAAGAGAAGGUCACGGACACCUAAGAUGAGGGCUCAACCCUUAGAAGACCUGGAUGGCUUCCAAGAACUCUUCCAAACUCCAGCUGGUACCAGUGACCCAGUAACUGUUGGGGAAACUACAAUGGUGUCUUUGGAAUCUCUACAACCAACACAUAUCAGAACCCCAGCAAGCACAAAGAGACUGUCCAAGGCAGGUCUUGGUAAUGCGGAUGUGAGAGAAGAGCUUUCAACACUUGCAAAACGAACAAAGUCACCAGGCAGAACCUCACAUACACCCACAGCACCAGUGCUCGAAGAGAAUGUUACCACAGCCCUUGUGGAAACUCCAAAGCAGAAACUGGAUUUCACAGAGAAUUCAGCAGGAUCUAAGAGAAGGUCACGGACACCUAAGAUGAGGGCUCAACCCCUAGAAGACCUGGAUGGCUUUCAGGAACUCUUCCAAACUCCAGCUGGUACCAGUGACCCAGUAACUGUUGGGGAAACUACAAUGGUGUCUUUGGAAUCUCUACAAGCAGAGCCAGUCAGAACCCCAGCAAGCACAAAGAGACUGUCCAAGACAGGUUUUGGUAAGGUGGAUGUGAGAGAACAACUCUCUCCGCUGAAUAAACGAACGUGUUCAGCAAAGGAAGACAUGCAUGUACUCAGACUUUCAGAAAAUGAUGUCACAGGAACCAAAGAUUUAAAGGAAUCUGCAGCUCAGAUAUUAAACCCAGCAGUGAGUGUAACUAGCAGCAAGAGGCAGCAAGGGGCGUGUAAGAAAAAGUCCCAGUUCCCAGAAGACUUCUCUGGUCUCCAGGAGCUCUUCCAAACACCAAGCCAUGACAAGGAUUCAUUGGCAGGUGAUAAGCUCACAAAAAUGCCCCACAGAUCUCUGCCACCAGAGCCAAUAAACACUUCAGUAACCUCACAGAGACAGUCCAGAACUAGACGGAUGAAAGUUCAUGUGAAAGGUGAACUAUCAGGAGACAGAAUGCUUCCGCAAAUGUCAGAGGAAAUCAUGGACAUAUCUAGAGAUCCUGAAUGUGAAGACAAGGGCAUUAGAACAAGGAAGCAAUCUGUAAAACGGAAAUUGGACACAGCAGUCAGUGUGCCCAGCAGCAAGAGGCAACGAGUUGCACGAGCAGAAAAGGCACAGACCCGAGAGGAUCUGUCUGAGUUCCAAGAGCUCUACCAAACUCCAAGCGUGGCAGUGGAGCCAGUGAUUGUUGACAAAACCACAAAGAUGCCCAGCAAAUCUCCAGAGCCUGUGGAUGAAACUUCAGAAACACAGACAGGAAGAAGACUCAGGAGAGUGGGUGUGAUGAAAGAGCCUCUAGCACAAAGAAAGACUACAAGAGUGUUGCGGGAAACCAGAAACACGUACAAAGAGCCUGUGGGUGACAACAAAGAUGUCAAAGAAUUUAAGGAAUCUUCAAUGCAGAAACAAGACCCAGCUGUUAUUUUAACCAGUAGGAGGAGGCAACCAAGGACACUUAAGGAGAAGACCCAACCCUUGAAGGAGCUGCCCAGCAUCCAAGAGGAAACAGCCACAAGAAUAUCUUGUGAAUUUCCACAACCAGAAGAAAAGGAAAGCUCAGCAUCCUCAAAGAGGCAGCUCAGAAUACCACUGUGCAAAGUAGGUGUGAAAGAAGAGCCCACAGCUCAGAGAAAGCCACGAGGCAGGGUAACCAGGAAUACACUCAAAGAGCCCAUGAGUGAUAGUGGAAAUGUUGAAGAGCUUAAGGAGUCUACAAAGCGGAAGAUUGACCCAGUAGCAAGUGUGCCUGUCAGCAAGAGGCCACAGAGGGUACCCAGGGAAAAGACCCUGGAAGUCACUGGACCCAUAGAACCAGUCCAAAUUCCAGGUCACACUGAGGAAUUAGCAAGUGAUGAAAGACCCAGAAGGGUGCCAGAGCAAGCAGACAACCUCCAGACCUCACCAAGACAUCUUAGGACAAGACGCAGGAAAAUAGAGGUGGACCAAGAACCUUCAGUAGUGAAGAAGACAGUGCCAACAUCAAGGCAAACUACACGAUCCCGCAAGGUCCCUGAAAUUGAUGACAAAGACACCCAAGCUUCAAAAGAGUCUGGAGAACAGCAAUUAGAAACAGUUGCCAAUGUAACUGGCAGCAGGAGGCAGCUAAGGGCACAUAAGAAUGAGGACUCCAAAAAAUUAAUUCAAAUAUCAGAGCACACUGAGAAACUAAGGCAUGACACCAGUACCCUUAAGAGCAUGAUACAGCAAAUGCCAGACCCCAUAAAACCUCUGAGAACAAGCAGAAGAGUGCUAAGGGCCUCUAAAGAGGACACUGUGGAAACUGUGGAAAUGUCGGUGGAUACCAGAGACCCUGCAGAAUCACAAAGCAAAAGCAAUACUUUUCUGUCCCCCAAGAGGAAGUCUGCAAGAGGUGGAGGCGGUCCAAGAACCAGGGGGUUGUGCUCUGUGACCUCAAAGCAGGAAGCAAUAGAUGAGAAACCUGCACCUAAGAAACAGAGGGCUGCUCCCAGCAAGAGGCACGUGUCACCUGAGCCUGUGAAGAUGAAACACCUGAGAAUCAUGUCAAGCAAAACUGAACCAGUGGAAGAGCAGAUUAGCAAUGUCAUGAAAACAGAAGAGGAAGCCCAAGUAGACAACUCAACCCCUCCAGAUCAGAAAUUGCCUCUGCCCUCCAGAUACCGAAAGAAAACCAGUGAAAAACAUCCAAGGCCCAAGGUUGGUGCAUCUACAGAGAAGGAUGGGAUGAAGACAAACGAGAAGACCAUGAAGAGCUCCCAGGAGACAGAGCUGCAGAACACAGAUGAUGGAGCCAAGAAGUCUACAUCUAGGGGCAAAGUCAGUGGGAAAAGAACGUGCUUAAGGUCUGGAGGACAGAGUGAGAUUCCCCAGCCUCGUGCAGCAGAGGAGAAAACAAGUGAGACUGGUGCAAAAAUCUUGAAGACGCAGAAAGAGAAAGGAAUCUCUGGAGAUUUAGAUGCCAGGUCUUUGAGAGCCAGAAAAACUGGAGCCACUUUGGACAGUGAACCUAACCCAAAAGUAACUCGGGGUGCCAAGAAAGAUAUAAAAGUUCCAAAAAAGGAUGAAGACAUUGUAUACACCACAAAAUUAAGGACAAGAAGUCACAAGAAUAGUUAAAAGUAUGUAGCAAAGACAUUUAAGAAGAAAAAAUAAAUUUAGCUUAAUGAUAAAUUCCAAUGUAGUUUUUAUCUUCAAUGUAAAGAUAAACUGUAAUAUAAUAUACUGCCUGUGUUUAAGAAAGGAAGCUUUGAACUUUAUGGUUAUAUUCUCUUCAAACUCCAGUGGAGAUCAUGAAGGAGGUCGCCAGGAUCUCAGAGCAAUAGCAAUUUAAAAGUUUGGAGGUGGGCAGGCUGAAGUGUGGCCCUCUAUCCUGUACAAUAAAGCUUUGAAGUUGAC